UUCUUCCCUGCUUAAGUACUCAUUCUCACAUGAACUUCUAACACAACUGUCGGAAAAAACCAUCUCCCGUCAAUCACACACUGAAACCAUGGCGAAAAAUGCAUGUCAACUUCUUCUACCUUUCUCCCUUCAGUUCUUCUUCUUCAUUUUUGCAAGCUCAUCGCCGGACGCGUUCCUCUACGGCGGCUGCUCACAGAUUAAGUAUACUCCCGACUCCCCCUACCAAUCAAACCUCAACUCCCUCCUCACUUCUCUCGUCAACUCAGCCACGUACUCUUCCUACAACAAGUACACAAUCAUGGGCUCCAGUCCGCAAGACGUGGUCUACGGGCUUUAUCAAUGCCGAGGCGACUUGUCCAUGCCCGACUGCGCCACCUGCGUGGCCCAGGCGGUGACCCGGCUCGGCCCGCUCUGCCCACAGACAUGCGGCGGCGCCGUACAGCUGGAUGGCUGCUUCGUGAAGUACGACAACGCUUCAUUCAUAGGGGUGGAGGAUAAGACGGUGGCCAUGAAGAAAUGCGGGCCGUCGGAUGGUUAUAAUAGUGAUGAGAUGGGCCGUCGGGAUGCGGUGCUGGCGGCUCUGAAUGGGGCGGGCGGGGCGUACCGGGUCGGAGCGUCCGAGGAUGUGAACGGGGUGGCGCAGUGCGUGGGGGACUUGAGUAUGGGGCAAUGUCAGGACUGUUUGACGGAGGCAAUACGGCGGUUGAAGGUGGAGUGCGGCGGCGCUGUGUUUGGGGACAUGUUCUUGGCCAAGUGUUACGCGAGGUACUCGGUUAGUGGGGCCCAGAAUUAUGCAAGAUCAUCCAAUCAUGAUUCCUCUCAUAGUGAGUCAGAGAAGACAUUCGCUAUCGUCGUUGGACUGCUAGCUGGGGUUGCUUUGGUCAUCAUUUUCCUCACUUUUAUCGGCAGAUUAUUCGGGAGAAACGGGAAAUAAGGGGAAGAAAAUCAUGAUGAUGCCCUCUAAACUUACUUUCAAGAUUUGCUGUAUUUUACCUUUGAUUUGAUAAGGUUCCCUUGUCUAAUGUUGUUGUAAGAAAAAGGCCUAUUCUUUUUGUAAAGGUGUACAUUGUGUGUGUCUUUUGUUGAAUUAAUUAUUAUCUUUCAUCCUGUUCAA